AUGGCCAUAAGGUUUAUUUUAUGCUUUAAUAAGCAAGGUGUAGUUAGGUUAGUACGUUGGUAUCAGCCACUACAAGAUGGUAAAAACACAGCAGAGACUAUAGCGCAGAUAUAUAGACUGAUUUCGAGCAGAGAUCAUAAGCAUCAGAGUAACUUUGUUCAAUUAUCAGAUGUUACAAAGCUUGUCUACAAGAGAUAUGCAGGGUUGUAUUUUGUAUUUGGAGUUGAUUUGAAUGAUGACGAACCAAUUUAUCUUUCACACAUUCAUUUGUUUGUUGAGGUUUUGGAUUCAUUCUUCGGUAAUGUAUGUGAACUGGAUAUUGUUUUUAGUUUUUAUAAAGCAUACAUGGUCAUGGAUGAAAUGUUUCUUGGUGGUGAGAUUCAGGAGAUUUCUAAAGAUGUUCUGCUGGAAAAGUUAAGUUCAUUGGAUAGGUUGGAAUAG